AUGCAACAUGAAGGCAAAUGGAAAAACGUGCAUGGAAUGAUGGAAGCUGCGGAAGAACCUGCAUCGUCUGUCCUGAUGCGACUCCACGUACAGCCAAAGAACACUGGAAAAGAGACGUUUCUGGAGUUCACGGGUCUCAUUGGAAAUACAAACCCAGUGGGUAACUGGAGCGCUGAAAAAGAUUGCAAGCCAUGUUUUGACAAAUUUGCCAGAGCUUACCUAGAAAUGUCAAAGGCUGCAAUGUCAUGUCAACUCACUUAG